AUGCCUGCUGUCCGCCGAAAACGACACCACCACAAGUCUGUGUCGCCAACGACAUCCACUAAAAGAGUGCAAAAUCGCAAAAGUGUUAAACAAAAGUCGAUCGACAAAGAAUUAGAAUCCCAGUGCUCCCCUUCUGCGGCCAAAGGCGAGAAAGAGAAGGAGCCACUCCCCAGGUUUGUAGCUCAAGUCGCCUGCCUGCUCUGGUUUGAAGAGACCUCAACGUUGCAAGCCAUCGAGGAUGGUCAACGUCCUGUGCGUUGCCGGAUUGGUAAGCCGAUCCCUAGUCCUUGGUUUCAGGAAUGGGUGGUCACCAUUUUGUCGGCCACACAAGUUAGCGUAAACGUCGUUUUCCUAGCCUUGGAGCUUAUUUACAGACUCAAGAGGUCUAACUCGAGGAUCGGGGGUAAGAGGGGAAGCGAAUUCAUGUUGAUGACCGUUGCGUUGAUGCUUGGCAAUAAAUGCAGCCUGUCGACCUGCACGCAAAUCCCCACUGGUGUUGAAGAUGCUGAUGUACCGGUAGUUCUUGAUGACGUGCCCUACAGCAAUGGGGCAUGGUCGGAAGUGUCUGGCAUCCCCAAGCACCAGAUUCACAGUAUCGAGAUUGCAUUUCUCCGCUACAUUAACUACAACCUGUUCUCCUCCAAAGUCACGUGGUCUAAAUGGCGCAGUAAGCUGGUACUAUUCGGCAAAUACUGUCAUAGUGGCUACGAAGUGCCGACUGUAUAG